AUGAUCUCAAGUACCUUAUCAUUGUGUGCUCCACUGCUUUUAGCUGCUUUUUUUGAUGUAUGCAAGGCACAAACUGAUGCUACUGACAGAUCAACCACCACUGCAACAACAUCUACUGAUUAUACUAAAUAUGCGUUGACUCCAGAAGAACAGGCUGCUGUUGUUCUCGCACACAAUAAGUUGAGAGCUUUGCAUGUUGAUACUGGUAAUUUGACCUGGUCUAAUACUUUAGCUGUAUAUGCUGAGAAGUAUGCUGCCGUUUAUGAUUGUUCUUCUGGUAGACUCGUGCACUCUCAUGGUCCAUACGGUGAAAACCUUGCCCUGGGAUUUCCUAAUGCAGUCGCUGCUGUGGACGCCUGGUAUAGUGAAAUUGCUCAUUAUAAUUACAGCCAUCCUGGCUUUUCCAUGGCAACUGGACAUUUUACACAAGUUGUUUGGAGAUCCACCAAGGAGGUUGGUUGUGCUGUAAAACAUUGUGGUUCUUAUUAUCGUGAUUAUGUUGUUUGUGAGUAUGCACCUCCUGGUAAUUAUGCAGGUGAAUUCCCUGAAAAUGUUAUGCCUUUAAAAGCAUCUGUUUCAAGUAGUACUUCCAGUAAACCUAAGUCGUCCUUUACCCCUUCUGCUACUUCGAAGAAAUCUACCUCAAGCAACAGUCAUGGUUCUGCUAUUGAUGCCACUGACAGAUCAACCAUUACUUCCAAGAAAUCUACCUCAAGCAACAGUCAUGGUUCUGCUAUUGAUGCUACUGACAGAUCAACCACCACUGCAACAACAUCUACUGAUUAUACUAAAUACGCGUUGACUCCAGAAGAACAGGCUGCUGUUGUUCUCGCACACAAUAAGUUGAGAGCCUUGCAUGUCGAUACUGGUAAUUUGACCUGGUCUAAUACUUUAGCUGUAUAUGCCGAGAAGUAUGCUGCCGUUUAUGAUUGUUCUUCUGGUAGACUCGUGCACUCUCGUGGUCCAUACGGUGAAAACCUUGCCCUGGGAUUUCCUAAUGCAGUCGCUGCUGUGGACGCCUGGUAUAGUGAAAUUGCUCAUUAUAAUUACAGCCAUCCUGGCUUUUCCAUGGCAACUGGACAUUUUACACAAGUUGUUUGGAGAUCCACCAAGGAGGUUGGUUGUGCUGUAAAACAUUGUGGUUCUUAUUAUCGUGAUUAUGUUGUUUGUGAGUAUGCACCUCCUGGUAAUUAUGCAGGUGAAUUCCCUGAAAAUGUUAUGCCUUUGAAAGCAUCUGUUUCAAGUAGUACUUCCAGUAAACCUAAGUCAUCCUCUACCCCUUCUGCUACUUCGGAGAAAUCUACCUCAAGCAACAGUCAUGGUUCUGCUAUUGAUGCCACUGACAGAUCAACCAUUACUUCCAAGAAAUCUACCUCAAGCAACAGUCAUGGUUCUGCUAUUGAUGCCACUGACAGAUCAACCAUUACUUCCAAGAGAUCUACUUCAAGCAACAACCGUAGUUCUAGUAUCAAUGCUACUGAUAGAUCGACCACCCUUUCUAACAAUUUUACUUCAAGUAGCAGUAAUGGUUCUGCUAUUGAUGCUACUGACAGAUCAACCACCACAAGAACUUCCGCACCAAACAAUAGCAUUGGUUCUGCUAUUGGUGCCAGUGGUAAGACACAUGUUGCUAGUGAAGGUGCACCUGCUAAAACAAAUGUUGCUCACUCCGUUACGACCGCUACUGUUGAGAGCGCACGCACGGUAGAUGUUACUGAAUGUCCAAUUUGCUCACUAUCCACCGCUACCUCUUCGUUUUCUUCCCAAAACGGUCAAACUGCCCUACAUGGCGAACCAGUAUUGAGAGUUAGCACAGUUUAUACUACAGAUGGUGUUGUUAUCACUACAUACACUACUUCAUGUCCAGACAGUGCUAAGACAGGUUCUGUUUCAGCUUCUGCUGCUACCACUAUUGAACAUUCAGAAGUAAGCAUGGAAUCUGCCCAUGCCAAUGUUGUUCCAUCUGUAAGCAUUAUUACUUCUGCUUCCAAUUCUGCAGCAAGUGUUACAAUUGCAAAAUAUGAAGGUUUGGCAGCUAGUUUGACCUCAGAUGUUCUAUUCAGUGCUAUUUUAAUGGCUCUUAUUCAUUUGAUCUAA